AUGACGACCAUGGAUUUGCGAGUCGGGAACAAGUACCGAAUAGGCAGGAAGAUCGGUAGCGGUUCCUUCGGUGACAUCUAUCUGGGCACGAACAUCAUCUCCGGCGAAGAGAUCGCCAUCAAGCUGGAAAGCGUGAAGGCGAAGCAUCCACAGCUCGAAUACGAGGCCCGCGUCUACAAGUCUCUUGCCGGCGGUGUUGGUAUUCCCUUCGUAAGAUGGUUUGGCACAGAAUGUGACUAUAAUGCCAUGGUGCUCGAUCUGCUCGGCCCCUCCCUCGAGGAUCUCUUCAACUUCUGCAACCGCAAGUUCUCCCUCAAGACGGUGUUGUUGCUGGCGGAUCAACUCAUCUCUCGCAUCGAGUACAUCCAUGCAAAGAGCUUCAUUCACCGCGAUAUCAAGCCGGACAACUUUCUUAUGGGGAUCGGUAAGAGAGGCAACCAGGUGAACGUGAUCGACUUCGGUCUGGCGAAGAAGUACCGCGACCCGAAGACGCACUUCCACAUUCCGUAUCGUGAGAACAAGAAUCUGACGGGCACGGCGCGCUAUGCCAGUAUCAACACUCAUCUAGGUGUCGAGCAAUCGCGUCGUGACGACAUGGAAUCUCUCGGCUAUGUCAUGCUCUACUUCUGCCGUGGCUCGCUUCCCUGGCAAGGCCUGAAGGCGGCGACCAAGAAGCAGAAGUACGACCGCAUCAUGGAGAAGAAGAUGACGACGCCCACCGAAGUUCUGUGCCGUGGCUUCCCGAACGAGUUUGCCAUCUACCUUAACUACACCCGUAGUCUCCGCUUCGACGACAAGCCUGAUUACUCCUACCUCCGCAAGAUCUUCCGUGAUCUCUUUGUCCGCGAAGGCUUUCAGUACGACUACGUCUUCGACUGGACCGUGUACAAGUACCAGAAGAACGCACAGGCGAUUGCGGCAAGCAACCAGGCUCAGAACCCGCCCGCAGAGGAGACGGACGACAAGGCCGGCGGCCGCACCACCAACAAGGCCACGGCUGGCGGCGGACAAACGGCCGCUACUGGUACCCUAGGUACUGGGUUCACCAAGGAGCGCCGCGCUGUCAACAACAAUAACUCCAAGACUGAGGGCACUGGAAUGUGA